AUGAAAUCACUUUUUUUCGCCGUUUUAUUGCUGAUUAUUGACCAAACUUUUGCCGGAUUUUGUGCCACCGACGGUGGGUGUCAACAGGAUUGUAAUCGAGAUGGAUACAUGAGGGGCGAGUGCCGAUUCCCGGAGUGUGUUUGUAGCGAAAAAUGGGUCAAAGGACUGUUGCCGGGUGAGAAUUUUUUAAAGAAUAUUCAGGUUUUGAUGAAGCAUAGCAAAAAUUAAGGACAAUGUUGUAAUGACAGGAUUUUUUCAGAGUCAAAACUUUUUUGAUUUGAUGAAAUUGGUGAUAAAUUAAGAUCGGAAUCUUGAUUUAUUUUUUCACAUGAGAAAUCGUUUGCAAUUUGAUGAAACUUGGCAUAAAUUAAGAAUGGUAUUUUCUAAGAUGUAUCCGAGAUUUUUAACUUGCGUUUUGCAGGAACCACAGAGAUUUUCAGGCCGAAAAAUUCAAAAAAUUUUGAUUUUUCAGACAUUCUUUCAAAAAUGAUAGUAAUUUUUUAUUCAGAAAAGUGCAAAGAGAUCAAAAUUUUUGAACUUUUCGGCCUGAAAAUGUCCAUGGUUUCUGCAAAACGCGAGUUAAAAAGUAUCGGAUGGAUCUUACAAGGAAAGUGCUUCUAUGGGGUAUGGAGUUACAGUUACAGGUCGAGUCAUAUAUCAAAAAAUUUGCAAAAUUUUUCUGAUUCAUAUGUAAAAAUUAGCUGCCUAAUUUUGGUUUGUAAGUGUGAAAAAACCAUCGGAACUUUUCUCGAAACACCACGCAAAUGCCUUUUUGACCAAGUUUUUACCAAUUCAAAACCUUUUUUUUGAGUUAAAGUAAACUCUGGUAUCUUGACAAGUCUUAAAAUAUCAAAUUUAAUUUAUACUACACCUUAAUUAGUAGUUCCAAUGUAAAAAAGGCGCAUUUUCAUGGUGUUACGAGAAAAGUUCUGAGGAUUUUUUCACCCUUACAAACCAAAAUUAAGCAGCUAAUUUUUGCAUAUUCUGAAUCAGAAAAGUUUCGCGAAUUUUUUGAUAUAUGACUCGACCUGUAACUCCAUACCCCAUAGAAGUAUACUUUCCUCGUUAGAAAAUUCCAUUCUUAUUCCAAUUUAUGCCAAGUUUCAAAUUACAAACGAUUUCUGAUGUGAAAAAAAUAAAUCAAGAUUCCAAUCUUAAUUUAUCACCAAUUUCACGUCAAUCAAAAUAGUUUUGACUGUAAUUUAGAGCGAACCCUCGGCGCUUGUGUCCCGAUUGGAAAUUCGUGUGAAGCCGACUGCAAAGAUGUUGGAUAUCAGAACGGAAAAUGCCAAGGAUUCAGGUGUCGAUGUGCUCAGCCUGAUGUUUUGAGUGCCUUUGCCAAGCUGGCGACUGGAUUUUUGAACAAUGGCGCUCAGCAGAGAAAUUAA